CGAGGAAGAAGAGUACCCACUGUUUUGUUUAUUCUCUGUUACCUUCACAGUUUAUCGGUUUCUUAUCGAUAAACUAUUCUUCAUGUUAGACUUAUAACCGAGCUGCUGCCGUUCAAUGCAGAGAAGGCACGUCCCAUUGUUUACUGCUGCGAUGGAGCCAGUUCCCCCUCUGGAAACCCUGCAUGGUAAUGUUGAUCAUGACAGUGGUGAUGUUACCUCGUGGGUGUCGGUGUGUCCCGGAGGCCUCUGGAAAGUCCAGCAAAAGCCAACACGCAAGAAGAGUCCAACUGUGUCUGCUUCCGAAGAUGGUAGAUCAAGUUCAUCCAGUCACUCUCCGAGGCUGGGUUCGCUGUGUCGGGUUCGAGUGCGGCUCAAAGCAAACGUGGAUGAAACUGAAACUCCAGACUCUGACGAAAAGCUCUCAGUCACUGAAGUCACCAAAGUGGUGGGAACCUCCUUCCCAAGGAGUCGGGACUCUGCACUGCAGCUUCCACUGGGGGACUGGACUACACUGAGGCUGGGGGAGGGCCAGUGUGAUAUUACAGAAGCAUGUCUGGAGGGGAUGAGAGCUGGAGAGAAAUGUGAGAUACUGCUCUCUCCAGUUGGACAUGGACCAGUUGUCUCUAUUCCACAACCUGCAGAGGGACACCUUCCUGUAUGUGCCACAGUUGAGCUCCAAGCUUUCACGCCAGGCAUGGAAUCCUGGGAGAUGCCACCUGGUGAAAAAUGGGAGUGGGUGAAGUCCCACAAGGAGAGGGGUGGUGCCAGAUACAGGAGCGGGGAUGUGUGGGGAGCUGCUGACAGCUACAGCCGAGGCCUCAAGCUCCUCAUCGCUCUCUAUGGCCUCUUUAGAGAGCAAGAGAAAAACGGACAACAGCAAAACGUUUUGGCACUGUGUGACUCAAGCAAUGGUGGUGAAACACAGCACCUUCCUUCAGUUCAUGAGUUCAAGACGAUCAAAGCAGAGCUCCACUCAAACCUGUCUUUGUGCCAGCUCAAACUUAGCCAGCCAGAGCGGGCGAGGGCCAGUGCGUCUAAAGCCACUGAGCUGGAACCAGGUGGUGCUAAAGCCUGGUACCGGCUGGGCCAGGCCUGCCAGAUGGUGAAUGAGGUCGAGGAGGCCAAGCGGGCAUUCAGGAAGCUGCUGGAACUACAGCCAGAAUCUCCUGCUGCUUUAAAGGCACUGAAGGACAUAGCAAGUAAAGAGAAGGAGACAAAUGCACAGUUGGGAGUGAGACUGAGCAAAAUGUUCAGCUGAGGAUCAAAGAUGUUGAAUUUAUCAUCAGAUAUUAUCGGCACAUCAGUAUCGUUUUCAUCACGACUCACCUUGACCUGGAAGUUCAUCUAUAGCUACUAUGGAGAUUUAAAGUCACUCUGUAGAUGCUUGUUUUCCUCCCAACUCUUUGCUGCUUUCACAUGAAUUUCUUGAAUGUCACGUCAGAGUAAAAACCAUGUGUCGAAUAAAAUAUAUUCUGAUGCAGUUUUUAAA